AUGGCGUUACGAGUUGUGUUCGUAGUUAUCUAUUUCCUCACUGUAUGCAAAUACUUGUCUACAAUAAACUGAGGGUUUGUUAACUAAAAUGGACUAAUUUGGUUGGCUGAUUUGUCAAAUGCCUUUAUCAUUACUACCACCAGUGUAUCCAAAUUUAAAAAAUCAAAACCACCAACUUGAUGAAUCAACUGAGAAAGUCAGCAGUGCUGCCAGUGAAGCUGCUCUGCACAGGCGGAGGUUAAAUGAGCUACGACAAUCAUUUUUGGGAUUGCCUACUUCAGCGGACGACCGCCUUUCACACAGUCAGACCACAGUUCCUACAUGUGUAAAUUUGAAUACGGAUGAUAGUCAGCCUGUCUGUACUUCAAGGUGUGGUGUUCUUGACCCAACAAGGUUUAAUAGUUACAAUCCUUCACUUUCCCAUAGUACACCUGAUAUUGGUCACUUGUCUUUCAAUAAAUCAAAUAAAUCUGUAAAUAAAAAUCGUAUAAUUAACCAAAAACAACAAUCUGUGUUAAGCAUUGAUCCUACUAUUUCAUGCGAUCAACUGGAUGCAACUGAUCAACUUCCAAGUCCUGAAUACUUUUCUUUUGUUUAUUCAUCAAAUCCUUCUGUAUCUUGUUCUGAAUACCUUUCCACUGAGUCUUCAUUAUCAGGAACACUGACAGCUAAGCCAAACGUAUUUGUCAAUAAAAGUAACUUGUAUCCUUUAACUCCGGAAACAGUCCAUUUAUCAUCGGAAGAGUGUGCAGAAAGUUCUUCUUCUUCAUCGUCAUCAUCAAAUGGUGAAAGUUUUCAUGAGUAUGUUGUCUCUGACAAUGAUGAUAAUAUCAACUCUCCCAAAUCUAGUAUCAAUAUUAGUAGUUUAACAGAUGUAAAAUGGUUGUCUGAACAAUGUAAAAAGAAUGACACCUAUCCACAUCGAUUUCUCUCCAAAAACUUGAAACCUGAUAACUCUUAUAGUAAAAAACACAAGACAACAGACUAUGCUGAAUACAAUCCUAGGCUGUUUCACGCAAAAACCGAUGCCACCACUCCUUUCCAUGAGACAUUUUCAUCACCUAAGGACAGUAAUAUGUCUGACCAAGUGAACAAUUGCAAUCAGGACAACAACCAAUCAGAUUCUUUGUGUAAACAAAAGAAGAAAAUUUGCUUUAUGUUCACAGAUGAUGAAAUGCAAACAUGUGCUUCUCAACACCAAAAAAAGUGUACACCUGUUAUGCCAGUCAGUCUCAGCUUUAGCACAACAAAUUCAUCACACAAUAACAAUAAUGAUGAUGAUGAUGAUGAAUCACAGCUUCAUUCACCAGCAAAGUCUAUGAUUGGUCGGUGUUUUUCAGUCUCACCCAAUCAUCGAUUGUCAAACUCUUUGUCAUAUUCUCAUAUUAGUUUAAAUAAUACGAAGGUCAGUGUUCCAAUUAAUGCAAAUAAAUUAGAGUGUACAAUGAAUAAUAGUUCAGGAAUUCCUACAAAUAAAUCUCGGCAUAGAAUUAAUAAUGAUAAUAAUCAUCAGUUCAUUAAUCAUAAUAGAUCACACGAACAUUCACUUAAAAAGAAAAUGAGUUCUGAAACACUUUCCGGCAGUGAUAUUCAAGAUAUGUAUUUACAUUCUUACAAAACUACCAGUAAAAGUCAUAAACAAAGAAACGAAAAGGAUAGAGAAAAGAGAACAAAAAAUGACCGACUGUUUAUUGACUGUUCCCUGGAGCAUCAAGACAACUCCUCAACAAAGUAUGAUUCAACCUCAGAGUGUACUGAUGACUGUGACAAGGUUUUUAGUCAGCGUUCUGCUUAUGAACAACCUUCACUAUGGCAUAAAGAGGUGAAAAACUAUUCACAAAACAACACUUUACAUGAUAUUUCACAUCAAGGCAAACAAUUGUUUACUCAUAUGCAUUCCUUACGAUGUACAGAUGAAGAUGCUAUGUCCUAUGAAACCAGUCUAUCAUCAUUGCCAUCCUCAGCAUGGUCAUCGCUUUGUCCAGGUGACACCUCACUGAUCUCUGCUGUCUCGCAUAAUCGCUUAAAAGUGCCUCUACCUGGUCUUGCAGGUGCAGCUGCAGCUGAUAAUUCCUCCGAAUAUUCUGUACGUGAGUCAACCUCUCAUCACUCAAACAGCAAUCGAAACUCUGAAUCACAAAAUUCAAAUUACAGAAGUAAACACCUGAACAGGAGAUCGAAUUCUGGAUUCAGUAAUGAUAGUAGAAAUACUACACUGGAGAUAUCUGGAAGUUCAUCUUACCAGUCAUUCUCACCACCAUAUGUCAAUGUAAUUCCACCGGCUCGAUCAUCUGAUUUAUCAUCCGGUUUUCCAUCUUCAGAAAAUUUGUCUGUUAACCGAAAUAUUUGCAAAACCAGCAAACGAGCAUCACGACCAUCAUCAGACCAUUCUGGAGCUUAUCAAAGGAUACGCAGUAUGGAGACGAGAAGUUUGCAUAAAGGUACCUCACGACACAAUUCCACAUCUACGACCAACAAACGAUCAACACGUACAUUUAAUCCAAUUCAGCUAUCUAAAGGCUCUUCUGUUAGUCAACGUAUUCUAUCCGAAUCUUCAUCAACACUGUCUGUAAAUAAUCCAGAUGACAUUAAUGCUCAAAAUGCUAAAAAUCACUCUGACAAUUAUUAUAUUGCUCAAUCAGAUAACCAUACACAAGAAUAUGAUUAUCUGCCUAGAAAAGGCCCGAAAGUUUCAACGUUGGCUGCAAAAAUAUCUCAUUACCUCGAGAAUGGUAGAGAAGCUGAAGUAAGAAGAUUUCUGAACAAAAUGCUACGUAAACCUGAGUCAAGACGUGUUGUGGAUGAAUUAAUUCAGUACUGUGGAAAUAAUCUUCAACGCCUACUCGACCCUAAUGUUCAUUCGAUUACACCUCAGAACUUUCAAAACAACUCAACUUCUUCUUUGUUACACCUCGCGGCUUCACUUUCCGACCUAAGAACAUCAUAUAUGCCAGGUUUUGGUACACAUAGAAAUAGGCGUGGUAGUUGUGGUAGUGUACUUUCGAAUCCUUGGAAUUUCACAUCCUACGAUCGAUCAUGGGUUCCUGCUGCACACAACUGGUCUACACUUGAUCGUUCUUAUAAAUUAUCACCAUUUCAGGGAAAAAGUAUUUCUUCGUUAAAUUCAUCAACAAAUACUGUUCGUUUUAUAAAGUGGCCUUCUGAUGGAUAUAUUGAAAGAAAACCUCCUAUAUUACCUCCUCCACCCCCACCUGUUCCUCCGGUUUUACUUAAAACAACAAUUUUACCAUGCGAUCAGAGAAUUCAUAUUGUAGAUACGCAUGCUCUUGAGGCUACUAAUCGUAUUCAUACAACCUUCUCCGAGCUCAUUUCUGACCUUACAACUGGGAUAAAUAAUGAAGUUGAAGUUGUACGUUCACUCUACAGAUGGACUACAGGCAAAGAUACGAGAUUUGAAGAUUAUGAUCAAGAAGCGCCAUCAGAUUCAUUGAUUGGAAUGCUGAGACAAAUGAAAUACAAUCAAUUAUCACGCAAUGAAAUGUUUUAUGAACUCUGUCGGUAUGUUGGAUUACAUUGUCAGUAUAUAACUGGAUAUUCCAAGGGUGCUGGUUAUCGUCCGGGAAUGUCGAUUAGAGAAAAUCAUCUUUUUCGUAAUACUUGGCUAGCAGUUUACAUUUGUGAUGGUUGGCGUUUUGUAAAUUGUAACUGGGGUGCUCGUUACCUAACAGAAAACGUAUUGGAUAGUCGGUCAAAUGUACCACCCGACUGCGAUGAAUUCUACUUUCUGACUGAUCCAGAACAGCAUGUAUUUGAAAAUCUACCUGACUUGAAAGUAUGGCAGCUACUUCGGAAGCCGUUGAGUAUCAAUCGAUUUUGCCAUUUACCUCUGCUGAAAUCACCAUUUUUCAAUGCUAAUUUAUCCUUGAAGCGAAAUUAUUCCGAUUGCCUGAUAACCAAGAAUGGACAAGUUAGCAUAAAAAUAAAAAUGUCCAAAUUCGUUGGUAUAUCAUGCAGUCUGGAGAAUUGUGCAGAUCACAGUAUUCUCUUAGGCUUAUGCCUAGUUGAAGUCCUAUUGAGGCCACCAGAAGUUGUACGUAUACAAGCUGCACCUUCACAACCCGGAAAAUACUAUUUAAAUGUUUAUGUAUCACCUGAUUGGCGACGUGAAGAUGUUAGAGAGUUGGCGUGUUCAUUUCAGAUUCAUUGCUCAGAGUAUAAUUACUCUCGUCUAGUUGUAACUGGUCGUUUACCCGAGGUUGGUUUUCUUGGUCGUACUCCUGCUUCGCAAGUCCACGGUGUAAUAAUGGUGCCAGAGGGAGAUGCUUCAGAUGGUCGACCGUAUAUUGUACACAAUGAUCCGAGACCUUUAAAGAUUCCUUUCGCUAUAGCUCCAGGUUUAAAGCUGUGUCAUCAGUUGAAAUCAUUUGAUCGACCUGGCAAUCAAAUGGCCGAUUGUGACAGUUAUGCUCUGCUGCAGAUGAAACCUUCACAUCAGUGUAAACUGACUGAUUCAAAGCCAUUCGGAUCACAGGCGAACGGCUACUAUUGUGUUCGUCUACCGAUACAAGCAUUCUACUAUUUAACUAUAUAUGCAUCGAAUGAAAAUGAUAUACUUAAAGAUCACUUAGAAUGUGUAUAUCGUAUUUUAAUCGAUGCACGUAAUUGUCGUUCCGCUGAAUUGACACAUGCCUAUCCACGUCAAACAUUUUGGUGGGUUCAAUGCCGGCUAAUCGAACCGAGUCAUCAACACUUAUUCAUUGAUCGAAGCUACAAAUUUUGUCUAGAUGCACCUCAGUGUGAUUCAGUAGCUGUUGUAAUCAAUGAUACUGAAUGGCACUUUCUUACUCCCUCCUCUUCAUCGUCAGCCAGUGAUCUUCAUGGUCGUUGGAGUGGAAAGAUAUACACUGGUAAGUGCUUAGGCCAACUAUCAGUAUUUGGACGUAUACCUCAUAUUAAUAAACCAAAGAAGAAAUGUGAUGACAAUGAGUCAAGAAUUAGCAAUAAUUCCAUUCAGCAGAACCGUCAUCAAGAGAAUCACAAGGAUGGAAACAAUUUUAAUCACAUUGCUACAAUGGCCACUAGAACAACAACCACAACAACUACUACCGACGAAGUUGAUGGUGAAAACUCCUACAUUAAACUAUUAGAUUAUGUUCUUAUUCAGAAGGAAUAAUGUCAGUUUAUUUUAAUGCCAAUGCACAACUGAAUAAUAAUUACGAACGCUUCCAUUAUUUUGUAAAUAUUAUAUUCCUACCUUGCCAAUUGUUUAUAUUUUAAAUGAAAAAGAGAAAGAAUACUAUUAUACCAAGUAACUAACUUAUUUAGUAGAGCAGACAAAUAUGCGCAAUUUACCUAAUUAAAUAAAUAAAUCAGAAAAAUAGUGUUAGUUCAUCCCCGCCCCCUGUUUUC